AUGAGUGUCUCACGACCGAGUCUGCACAUUCUCACAAGACCAAUCUUGAGCAGCCGUACCAACUGCAGCUUCACUGCACCAUCUACAGCCAUGGCGUCCAACUCUACCCUUGCGGGCAAUGGCUCGUCUGAGACCUCGACUUAUAAACCCAGAUACGUUGAUGUAAAUCGGAAUCAACCUCGCCGACCCAUUUUCCGCGGCCACUACCACGGCAAGCCCCGGCACCCCGAUGACCUGGCCGACGUUGUCCAGCGCGCCAUCGACGUAGGCUGCACCAAGCUCAUUGUCACCGGCUCCAGCUUCAAGUCCUCUCGCGACGCUCUCAAGAUUGCCAAAGAGUUCCCGCAACAUAUCUACACAACAGCCGGCAUCCACCCCUGCUCCUCUUCCAUCUUUUCCACCUCGCAUCACCUUCACCAUGACGAAUCCGGUUCCGAGUCCGAAUCCGCUGCCCCAGCAUCUAGGCUCGCGUGGCAUUCAGCAGCAGCAGACACAGCCUCCGUCCCGAUCCCAAUCUGCUCUGCCGACCCCGACCCCUUAGCCCCUCAACCCGAAGACCCCUCACUAAUCGACCACGUCCGCACUCCCCAACUCAUCUCCAACCUCUCGGACCUCAUCACCACCAGCCGCGACGCAGGCCUCAUAGCCUUUGGCGAAUUCGGGCUUGACUAUGACCGUCUACAUUACUGCAGCCGCACAGUCCAACUACACUCCUUCCGGGCUCAGCUCCGCCUCGCUGCCUCCCUCACCCCGCAACUUCCCCUAUUCUUACACUCACGCGCCGCGCACCGGGAUUUCGUCGAUUGUCUCAAGGAAGCUUUCGGUGAGAAACUGGAAAGGCUAGAAAAGGGCGGCGUGGUGCAUUCCUUUACUGGAACCCUAGAGGAGAUGAAAGAGCUGAUGGAUCUGGGACUGUUUAUCGGUGUUAACGGGUGCUCGUUCAAGACUGCUGAAAACUGUGCUGUCGUAAAAGAGAUUAGGCUGGAUAGAAUCAUGUUGGAGACGGAUGGGCCUUGGUGCGAGGUUAGAGGGGGGCAUGAGGGGUGGAAGUAUCUUGUGCAGUACUAUCAGCGAGAGAGGGAGGUGAGGGAGAAGAAGGAGAGGGAGGAUGCGGAAGCCAAGGCUAAGGCUGAUGAAGAGGCGAGGAAACAGAAAGAGGAGGAACAGGCGGCCAAGAAGCUGGCUGAGGUCUCGCUCAACAGCAACGAGGCCGAACCCCAGUCCCAAGCCGAGUCCGGGACCGGUACCCCCGCCUCCGCAGACGCCAGCGGUACCAGCACCCCAGGUGGACAAGGACAAAAACGCGAACGCCGCAAAAAGCAACCCCAACCACCUCAACAAAAGAAGAACGCAAAGAAGGAAUCCGAAGUCCCCGAGCGGUUCAAGGUCGUCAAAAAGGAAAAGUGGGAGGAAGGGGCUAUGGUCAAGGGACGUAAUGAGCCAUGCACCAUCGAGCGGAUUGCAAUUAUUGUUGCGGAAAUCAAGGGGACCACGGUGGAGGAGGUUUGUGAGGCUGCUUGGGCGAAUACGAUUAAGGUUUUUGGGGUUGAGUGA